AUGAACAGUCGCAAUGUGCGCGUCUUCACGGUGGCGAGCGAGUCGCGGUAUUUGGUGGUGCGCAACGUACCGGCGCUAGGUGUGGUUGAAGACCUGCUCAAGCGACUCAGUCUCUUCGGAAAAGUCUGCGAGUACCGUCUGCUCGACCAUGCAGACGAUCGACAAGCAGCACUGCAGUUUGAGGGAGGCGACAAUGAUGGUGCCAACGACGACUUCUUGGAUACAGUGUGGGUGCAGUAUGAGACCGUGAACAAUGCGCGUCACGCAAAAGCGCGCGGAGUCCAGAAGCUGUUCUAUGGCAACCGUCUACAGAUCUCGUACGCGCCACAGUUCGAGUCACGUGAAGACACAAUGGACAAACUAACCCAGCGCCGGCAGCUGCUUCUGUCUCGUAGCAAUCAUCGUGCAAACCGAGGACCGAUAGCGGCAAUGACCGGCAAUCACGAACAGCUCCCGUGCACGGCACCACUGCCGUCACCACUCUCGCCUAUCGCGGCUGAAGGCAAGGUUGAGUUUAUCGGUCCGCAUCUGCCUGCAAGAAUUCAGCAGUCUGCACUGGAUUCUUCCCCUCCACGAAAACUGCAGCAUCUGCAGUCGAAGCAAGCAGCUCCUACGGUACCAAACCAGCACCAAAACACGAAACGGCGUCGAAUAUAA